AUGACCAGCCUGACCCAGCCCCCUCUUCCGGCACCUAAGCAGAUUCGCUUUGUCAAUAACCAGGGCCAGCCCCCGUCUAAACGACGGCGAAUCAAUGCUGCAUGCUUGACGUGCCGGAAAAGGAAAACCCGAUGUGCUGGCGAACGGCCGGCCUGCUCAACGUGUGAGAAGAACGGCCAUAAAUGUCUGGGAUAUCCAGAUCUCGUUGAGAAAAAGGAUAGUGCCAGCAGCGAAGACGGUGCCAGUAGCCAUGUUCAUCCUACUUCUGGUCCUCGCACAGCCUUCCAGGAGAGAAGCACGGAGGGUACUGUCAAACAAGAAGAACCCGAAUUUGCUGAGGACGAGGCCCGCAGCAAUAGAAGAGUGGACAUCGAUACCAACCGCGACUUUGUCGACCGGGACGAUGGUGAGGGGGAUUUGGCCCACAGACUGAGAGAUGCAACCAUUGGGACGACAGAACCAUCAUACCUACAGCGUGACCCUGUCUUGAGCCUCGCAACUCCCACAUCAAGACCGGGAACAGGAAGCUCUGCUGCUGACCGGAGGCCGGCGACACAGACGCACAAAUGGCACCAGCAAAAUGAGCGCAGACGCAGGUCUAACUAUCGGCGUUCUGUCUCUCUCAAUGACGACAGCUCCGAGCCCAGCAACCACUCACCCGCCCAACAACACAAGCAUCACACAGAAAGCCACCGAGUGCCAUACUUCCGUUACUUUGGCCCCACUGCCAUAGUUCCGGGCUACAAGCAAAUGGUGGUGGACGUGUCGAUACGCGAUCGCCGUCAGAGCCGUGGCGGCAGCUUUUCGGUCUCUUCUUCGAACUCCCCUCUUAUCGGUGGUGUGCGAAACAAUUUCCCAAGCCGACCCGAUAUGGUAUUCGACAGUGUCGAUGAAUUGCCCGUCUAUGAUCCCCACGACUCUGAGCCUGUGCAUCCGCUGAUCAUGACACUGCUCAAAACAUUUUUCGUUCAUCUUGGCUGCAAUUUUCCAUUUCUCAAAGAACGCCGGAUCCUGCGAGCAGUGUCCGAAAAACGACUGCAGCCUAUCCUGGUUGAUGCCAUGUGUGCUCUCGCUGCUCGGGUUUCGGACCCCCUUCUUACCAUCACAAAUGAUGAUGGGGAGAUUAUGUCGUGUUCCGAAUACGGUAAUGCGUUUUCCCAGCGCGCCAAGGCUGCCGCUGUAGACACAUUUCCGUGCCCUACUAUUGGUGCUGUUCAGGCCUUCAUCCUCAUGGCAUAUGAAGGAUUCGGCGCUGACCAAGACAGCACUCUCUGGAUGUAUCUUGGAAUUGCAAUUCGUAUGGCAGUCGACCUUGGGCUCCAGAAGAUCGUCGGUAUUCAGUACCAGACCGGAACUGACCCACUGUACACGAGAGACUCGGCUUUUGAACAUGGCAGUGGCAACGAAGGUCACGGCGAUACCGACGAAGGAGGUGGUCGACACUUAGCGACUGAGGAUCACACAGACGGCCAAGAAAACGGUUCCUUCAGACUUGAAGAACUGCGCGCCAUUGAGCAGGAGCGGGCGGACACGUUCUGGACUCUCUUCUUCGCGGACCGGGUCACAUCUUCCGGCACCGGUCGGCCGGUGACCUUUCGAGAUGACGACCUUGAACUUGCCUUCCCAGAGCCAACCUUGGACCCGGCUAGCAAUUGGCCAGCACCGUUCCCGACAUUGGUCCAGAUAAUACACAUAUACGGACGUGUCUCCGACGUGCUCAACAACAUUCGCAACGCAGAGGACUUGACCCAAGACAAGAUGCGAAAGCUUGCCGAGAUGGAAGCUGACCUGACCCAACUAUACCAGAAACAAGAUCCACGCCUAAAUUUCAACGCGGCCAACUUUCAGCAGUAUGUGCGUGAUGGACAGGGAACAAACUUCAUUCUUUUGCAUUUCUGGUUCCACGCUCUUAUUAUCAUUCUACACCAACCAACGCUAUUAGCCCCAUUCGGUGGCUUUCCACGAGACCACCAGCUGUUGGCCAACAGCCAUGUGCUGUCCAUGUCAAGCGCCAAGACAAUCGCUGAUAUUUUGGCUUUUGCUGAAUUGAUUGAUCCAAAGAGCUUCAUUGGCAACCCUUUCACUUCCCAGCCUAUGUACAUUGCCGCAUGCGCUUUUCUGAUGGAGUCAGCUGCCAAUGUAACAUUCCCAGCUUCGCGAGAGUAUGUUUCGCCGUCCGCCGAUGAUCUGCUGCCCGAAACCGAGCAAAGAGACCGCUCUAGCGGCAGGGAUCCUGGUGCUGCAAAGUUUACGACUUCUUCCAAGCACGCCCUUUUGGCAUCCAACGCAAAUCAGAACUAUCAGCGGUGCUACAAGUCGCUGCAGCAGAUGCAGACCUACUGGGGUGGCGUACGUUACAUCUUGACCGCGCUUGACCAGAAGGCAAAGGGGAUCUGGGACUGCGAGACUUACACCUCCGAAGAGUAUGAGAGCAUCAAAACCCCACCUCGCCAUUCCGCUCUCCGUGAGCUGGCCACCCUGGAAAAUUCCAAUUCGCCAAGCGUUCCUCCGAUCGCCUGGUCGCUUACCGGAACUUCCAACUCGUCUAGUCCAAGCUUGACGCUGCUAUUCCAAAGUCAUGCAAACAUAAAUGGGUUGCCGCAUAGUCCUCGAGAUCACCGUCAAGAGCUGCAAAAGAUGCAGAAUGACCUUGAAAAUGAGCGACAGGGACAUUCUCGACAUCAGAGCCAUCACAGGCAUCCCCAACAGCAGCUGCCGCAGCCGCCGCAACAGCAGCCGCCACAUCAGUCGCUACACUCUGUACCGGUUACCUCUUCGCCUGGAAAUAUGAGAUAUGAUCCUAUUCGCCAGAGUCUACCAGAAAUACCUGCCAUAUUCACGCCUGCGUAUUCGCAAGCAACCGAGUCGGCUGUUCGGUACUCUGCCCAUCCUUCUCCACGGCACAAACAUCCCAGGGCGCGAUCGUCUCUGCCAAGCCUUUCAGACAUGCCAACUACCGCGCAGUACAAGUUUAGCCAGGGACGCUCGUGUGACUUUCUCGCAGAAAAGUAUGGGCAACAGUCGGAUGCCCAUAUCUACGACAGCAAUGCCCAUCACAGACAGCAGGAAAAUCAUGGCCGUCAGCACUCGCGUGAGGACUCGCACCUUCAAGGCACCUAUAACAGCAUGCAGGGUAGGGAAAUGGAACAGCCACAGCUACAAUCGUAUCGACCUGAACCCGUGACUGCCGGUCCAUAUACCUCGCCACCGUCCCAUACUGUGUCCCCGUUUGAACCGCCUGCUCUUUGUGGCACCUCCCCAGCGACGAGCAGUCUUACGGAUUCCGGGCAGAAUGCCGGCAAUGGGGCAUACAUGAAUCAGGCUACAGAUGAGGCGAGACUGUAUCGCCAGGAUUCCAUCGGCGACUGCUUGGCUGGUAGCUCUUUCCCGUACAUCACAGGUGGCGGAAAUACAAAUAUCGUUACCUUCAACAGCCAGGAGAUCGACAUUGGCUCUGUCAGCUUGCCAGAUGAAAUGCCUCAAGAAUGGCUUGCCUACCUUCCAGGAGACAUUGCCAAUCUUUUUGACGGCAAUGUGCACGACUUGGUGGAGUGA